AUGAAGUCUCUGGCUUUCAGUGUCUUUGUCCUAGCUCAGUCGCUGGCACAAGUUGCGGCUGGUCCCUUUCCUAAGCCAUAUAGCACAACGCCUGUGGCUACCGUCAAGAAUGGAAGCUAUCAAGGAGUUCAUUCUCCAGGAUAUGAUCAAGAUUUCUUCCUCGGUAUCCCUUAUGCCCAAGCUCCGGUUGGCGACCUGAGAUUCCGCAAUCCUCAACCCUACGAUGAAACAUGGAAGGGGAGUCGCGAUGCCGUCAAAUAUUCGCCUGCUUGUGUCGGCUACGGACCUUCGCAAAUUGGCUAUAAUACGAGCGAGGACUGUCUUUACUUGAAUGUCAUCCGACCUUCAGGAUACGAAAAGAAGAAACUCCCCGUGGCUGUCUGGAUUCAUGGUGGAGGCUAUGUCCAGGGCAGUGGUGUCGACCUCCGAUACAACCUAUCUUUCAUCGUGGAGCAAUCUGUGAAGAUUGGGCACCCAAUCGUUGCAGUCAGCAUCAACUAUCGCCUCAGUGCCUGGGGUUUCCUCAACUCGGCUGAGUUCUUCCAGCAGGGCGAUUCCAACAUGGGCCUGCGCGACCAGAGACUCUCUCUUCGCUGGAUUCACGAAAACAUUGCUGCAUUCGGCGGUGACCCAUCCAAGGUUACCAUCUGGGGCCAGAGUGCCGGUGCUGCAUCUGUAGGAGCGCAGAUUCUGGCUUACAAUGGCCGAGAUGAUGGCUUGUUCCAUGCCGCCAUUAUGGAAAGUGGAACUCCGUUGGCACUUGGUUCCCAGACGAUUCUGGCUGAGGCCUCAUACAAGCUACUUUUGGAAAAGACCGGCUGCGAUACCGUCAAAUGUUUACGGAGUCUACCCUUCAAGGACUUGAAUGCCGUGCUCAACACCACAGCUCUUUCUGGUGGAUGGACGCCAAAGAUUGAUGGCGACUUUGUGGUCCGUCACUCAUCUAAACAACUCGCUGAUGGGCAUUUCGUGAAGGUCCCAAUCAUCGUCGGGGCUAACACAGAUGAAGGAACCAGCUUUUCACCAAAAGGCAUCAAUACUACGGAUGAGUUCCAGAACGCAAUCGAGAACUCAUCUCCCCCAAUCAGCAAGUCUUUUGCACAGAAGAUUCUGAAAGCAUACCCCGAGAAAGGCCGAGAGCAGAUCUUACCCAACCUCGCCGACGACUGGAUCCCCCCGGCGUCAUAUGGUAAGCAGUAUCGGAGAACCGCCACAUACUACGGAGACGUCAUGAUGGUAGCCCCACGUCGACUGGCAGCCGAGACCUGGGCAAAGCACAACUUGCCAGUCUACUCUUUUCGAUUCAACGCCAUUCCUUCCUGGGCUACUUACCUGGACGGAGCCACACAUUUCGUUGAAGUGGCCUUUGCUAUGCUCAAUCUUGAGGGCACAGGCUACCCUCCGGUUCGCACCCCGCCGUUUCAAGGGCUGGCCAAGUCAUAUAGAGAACUUUCGCGGUUGAUGGCAAGCGACUGGAUCAAGUUCGUUGCGACUGGCAACCCCAACGGUUGGGAAGGACGGGAAAAGGCAGUCCCGAGUCUGGGCAAGUCCAUUCCAAAGUGGCCUCUAUACGCAGAGGCUAAGGGUCAUGGUGCACCAAAGAACUUCCUCUAUGAAGGAAACGUGACCAACACAGUUGAGAGUGACACGUGGAGGAGCAAGGGUAUUGCGCUUUUAAACUCGGCCAACUUUGAGGUUUAUGACCGUUAA